AUGGCGACCGAUGCUGUUGCCGGAACAAGUCGUCGUGCAAAUCGUCCACGUUCGCGAGCUAAUUCAAGCUAUGGCAGUAUACAUUUAACAAAUGAUGAUGGUGGGAGCAGUGCUACUUCAGAAUCAAAUGAAGAAAACGAUAUUUCAGAGGAAAAAAUACUUUCUGGAGGAUUUGAAAGUCUAGAUUAUGAUCAUUGUGAAAAUGAGCUGUUUCAACAGGAAGAAAGAAAAUUCUCGAAGACAUAUAUUAAGAAAGAGGUGGUACGCUGGUUGGUAUUUGGACUGAUUGGAAUCCUCACAGGUCUCAUUGCAUGUGUCAUCGACAACAUGGUUGUCCUCUCCACCAAUCUUAAGUUCUCUUACAUCAAAAGUUUUGUUAACAGCUGUGUUCAUGCAGAUCAACCUUGCCUACAACGACCGUUUCUGAUCUGGGUGGCUAUUAAUGCUGGACUGGUGCUAUUAGGGGCCUUCAUGACGGCUGUUAUAGAGCCAGUGGCUGCUGGUAGUGGUAUCCCACAGAUCAAGUGUUUCCUGAAUGGGGUCAAAGUGCCACAUGUGGUGCGAAUAAAAACUCUGAUAUGUAAAGUACUAGGGGUGAUAUGUGCAGUAGCGGGAGGACUUGUGGUUGGUAAGGAAGGGCCAAUGAUUCAUUCUGGGGCAGUAGUGGCUGCAGGAAUAUCCCAAGGCAAGUCUGACACCUUCCAUGUGGACUUCAAGAUUCUACAAUACUUCCGGUCAGAUAAGGAGAAGCGUGACUUUGUAUCAGGGGGUGCUGCAGCGGGUGUGUCAGCUGCCUUUGGUGCUCCUGUGGGAGGUGUAUUGUUUAGCUUAGAGGAAGGAGCCAGCUUCUGGAACCAGGCACUUACAUGGAGGAUUUUUUUUGCCUCCAUGUUGUCGACCUUCACCUUGAACAUUGUACAAAGCUAUGUGAAGGGCACACCUUGGAUCCUGUCUUCUCCAGGUCUCUUUAACUUUGGCAAGUUUGAUACAACUGACUACUCUGGACUUGAGAUACCUUUGUUUAUUAUCAUGGGUGUGUUUGGUGGGUUACUUGGAGCUGCAUUUAAUCACAUCAAUUACAAACUGACGAUUUAUCGUAAAAAGUACAUCACAAGCAGGAGCACUCAAGUCAUAGAAGCCAUUUUAGUUGCUAUAGCAACAGCAACUGUUAGUUACCUCACCCUGUAUUUCAACAAUGACUGUCAGCCAAUGAGGAAGGACCCUGAUGAAGAUAGUGUACAGUUUUUCUGUGAUGAUGGCCAGUACAGUGCUAAUGCUGGCUUAAUGUUCCAUACUCCAGAAGAAAGCAUUAAAGAACUAUUUCAUGAUAUACCUGGUACAUUCCGGCCUGCAACUCUUGCUGUGUACUGCCUUUGCUGCUUCUUUCUGGCCUGUUGGACCUAUGGAUUGUAUGUACCUAGUGGUCUCUUUAUACCCAGUAUUCUGAUUGGUGCCUCCUGGGGAAGACUGCUGGCAGUGUUUGUCAAGUCUGUUUUUCCAUCUGCUACCUGGGUAAAUUACUCCAAAUAUGCUUUACUAGGAGGAGCUGCACAGCUAGGAGGUAUUGUGAGGAUGACCAUCAGUUUGACUGUUAUUAUUACGGAGGCGACAGGAAACAUCACACUUGGACUUCCUGUCAUGAUCGUCCUAAUGGUGUCAAAGUGGAUUGGAGACAUCUUUAAUGAGGGUAUAUACGACAUGCAUGUCCACCUACAAGGUGUACCACUCCUUGGAUGGGAGCCCUCUAUCAUGCUUUCUAACAUCUCUGCCACGGAGUUGAUGAGCCAUCCUGUCACUGUGCUGAGAUCCUACGAGUCAGUGGGGCGCAUCGUUGACAUUCUGAAGGGUGAGACACACAAUGGAUUCCCAGUGGUAGAGGAUUAUGAUCCCUUCACAGAGGAGUCUCCAGAAUCCGGAACCUUUGGAACAUUCCAUGGAACCAUCCUUAGGUCUCAGCUCAUCACACUACUAAAACUAAAGGUGUUUGAAGAACAUGAUGAUGUACAUCUAAUCAAGAAAAUACUUAGUAUAAAAGACUUCAGGGAUGCCUACCCUAGGUUUACACCUAUACAUCAAAUUCACAUUUCUGCACAAGAACGGAAUUUCCAUAUAGACUUAAAGCCAUUUUUGAAUCCCGGUGCCUACACUGUCUCUCAUUGUGCAUCCUUCCCCAGAAUUUUCCGAUUGUUCAGGGCGCUUGGACUUCGACAUGUUGUUGUUAUUAAUAGAAAACACCAGGUAAUUGGCAUGGUAACCAGGAAAGACCUUGCUAGAUACCGCAUCACACAGCACUUUGGCAAGGUCAACAUGGAGGAACUUCUCAUCUCAAAGUAAUCUUCCCUGCCUUCUGCCAUACGAGAUUUGAGCACAGACCCUAGAAUAAAUUGAUGUCAUGGACGUCUUUAGGGUAAAGAAGUCAGAAUCUCAAUGAAGCAUUUAUAGCUGUUUAAUACAGUGGAAUCUUCACAUUCCUCUCCAUUUGUUAGCAAGAACUCGAUCUUCGGAUCUUUGCUAAUGUUGUAUAAUAAAUAUUUAAUCAUAGACAUGGUGAUAUUAUUGGAAAACUUUUGUGAUUAUGAAAUUAAUAAGAUCUGUUGAAAUGUCCUCAGAGAGUUUAUAUUAUAAUAGCAACAAUAUAACUAGCAUUUUGUAGCCAGAAUAUAUUUCAACAAUAACUGAAUGGAGGUUCCAAGUUAUGUUGGCAUUUCUGGGAAGGUGUGUGAUCAUGUUGAUAUUACUGGGAAGGUGUGUAGUUAUGUUGACACUACUGGGAAGGUGUGUGAUCAUGUUGACAUUACUGGGAAGGUGUGUGAUCAUGUUGACAUUACUGGGAAGGUGUGUGAUCAUGUUGACAUUACUGGGAAGGUGUGUGAUCAUGUUGACAUUACUGGGAAGUUGUGUGAUCAUGUUGACAUUACUGGGAAGGUGCGUGAUUAUGUUGACAUUACUGGGAAGGUGCGUGAUCAUGUUGACAUUACUUGGAAGGUGUGUGAUCAUGUUGACAUUACUGGGAAGGUGUGUGAUCAUGUUGACAUUACUUGGAAGGUGUGUGAUCAUGUUGACAUUACUUGGAAUGUGUGUGAUCAUGUUGACAUUACUUGGAAGGUGUGUGAUCAUGUUGACAUUACUGGGAAGGUGUAUGAUCAUGUUGACAUUACUGGGAAGGUGUAUGAUCAUGUUGACAUUACUGGGAAGUUGUGUGAUCAUGUUGACAUUACUUGGAAGGUGUGUGAUCAUGUUGACAUUACUGGGAAGGUGUGUAGUCAUGUUGACAUGACUGGGAAGUUGUGUGAUUAUGUUGACAUUACUGGGAAGUUGUGUGAUCAUGUUGACAUUACUUGGAAGGUGUGUGAUGAUGUUGACAUUACUUGGAAGGUGUGUGAUGAUGUUGACAUUACUGGGAAGGUGUGUAGUCAUGUUGACAUUACUGGGAAGUUGUGUGAUCAUGUUGACAUUACUGGGAAGGUGUGUGAUCAUGUUGACAUUACUGGGAAGGUGUGUGAUUAUGUUGACAUUACUGGGAAGUUGUGUGAUCAUGUUGACAUUACUUGGAAGGUGUGUGAUCAUGUUGACAUUACUGGGAAUGUGUUUAGUCAUUUUGACAUGGCUUGCAAGGUGUGUAGUUAUGUUGACAUUACUGGGAAGGUAUGAACUCAUAUUGUCAUUUCUGAAAAGGUGUUAGUCAGGUUGACAUUGGUGAACAGAUUAUAAUAUGAUAUGUGCAUUUUUAUCAUUUCUUGCCAUUUUAAUUAUUUACAUUUAUCCUUGUGUAGGUUUUCACUCUGUAGGUAGGUAAAUUUUAUACCUCUAACCCGGCAUUCCAUGUCUGAAACAACUUGCUUACAAGUAUAUAAUACUGGUUAUAUAACAAAUAAUUUGUGUUCUAAGGUGAUAUAAAGGUGGGGUUUUGCAAUAUUAUUUGAAUUGUACAUAUGGACGCUUUUAAUGUAUUUUUGAGUAGUAUGAGAAUAUCUACUUGUUAUGCGUGUUGUUAACUGACAUGUUGUUGGAUGUAUAAGAAAUUCCUCUUUCACAAGACAUUUGGAUUAAGAUUCCUUGUUCAGACUUAACAGGUAAGAUCACCUGCUGAAUCAUAUUUUCUUUGGUUACCAGUAAUCAGAUCAAAAUCCAGUUGUAAUAGUAAGGCCUUUCCGAGUCAUUAAAGUGAUAAUAUAAAAUGUUGGGAUACAAAACAACACACAGACACUUCAUUUAUUACAAUUAUUAUAUGUCACAAGGCUCUCAGCAUGGAAAGCCACAAACUAUGGUUACAAAGUUGUAAUGUUUAGGUAUGUUAAUAGUUAGUGUAUAUUUAUAAAAACAUGGGUAUAUACCGGUGCCAACUCUUGAUAUUGGACUUUGUAACUUGUUUAAUGGAAAUCGCUUCUUCUACUUUCAUAUUGCUAAUUAGUUCUUGUUCGUAUUGUACUUUGAGGCAAUAUAUAUAUAAAUUACCUUUUUAUAUGGCAGGCUUACCAGAAUUUAAAUCAAAGAUAAUUGUACUGCCAGUAUUAAAAUACUCUGCACAGAACAGGGUGCCUUUUACUAUUAUAAAUAUUAGUGCAAUAAAAAGUAUUGGUAGUCAGGAACAGCUCCUAUCUCGUUUUCCGUUUUCAGCUUUAGGGAAAUGACCUUUACAAGAAAACAGUUCAUGGUUUUAGGAAAGGACCUUAACAAAGGUGUAUUCCUUAUCAGUGUCACAAACCAUCAAGGUAUAUGAUAGAUAGUAAUGAUAAAUUCAUAAUAAAUUAUAGGUAAUUGUGAUAAGUUACAGGAAAUCAUGAUAAAUUAUAGGAAAUAAUAAUAAAAUCUUAGGAAGGACAAUCUGAAUAUGGUUAUGAUAUUUCAAACCCAGCAGAUUUAGACAUUCAUGACAGAGUAUGAAGGAGUGGUUGUAUAACUGUUUACAUGACAUUAUGACGAUGGAAAUAGAUUAUAGAUAAACUGUGUUAUACAAUUCUCUUUACCUCCAUUGUCAUUUAUAGUAAAUAAAACUUGUCUCGUUUAAUAUUGGAGUAAUUUACUCCAUAGGAUAUCGGACCAAAAUUUUUUAUAAAGCAAUAAGUCACAUGUUAUUGGCUGUGUCUUUGAAAAAAGUCCUUUGUCCUUUCUUUCAAGAUAUCCAGUGAUCAAUUCCUUCUUUUGACAUAAAUAGGUAUGAGAACACCUAUCCGUCACCUUAGUGUAAUACAUAUUACUCUUUUGACAUAAAUAGGUAUGAGAACACCUGUCCGUCACCUUAGUGUAAUACAUAUUACUCUUUUGACAUAAAUAGGUAUGAGAACACCUGUCCGUCACCUUAGCGUAAUACAUAUUACUCUUUUGACAUAAAUAGGUAUGAGAACACCUGUCCGUCACCUUAGUGUAAUACAUAUUACUCUUUUGACAUAAAUAGGUAUGAGAACACCUGUCUGUCACCUUAGUGUAAUACAUAUUACUCUUUUGACAUAAAUAGGUAUGAGAACACCUGUCCGUCACCUUAGUGUAAUACAUAUUACUCUUUUGACAUAAAUAGGUAUGAGAACACCUGUCCGUCACCUUAGUGUAAUACAUAUUACUCUUUUGACAUAAAUAGGUAUGAGAACACCUGUCUGUCACCUUAGUGUAAUACAUAUUACUCUUUUGACAUAAAUAGGUAUGAGAACACCUGUCCGUCACCUUAGCGUAAUACAUAUUACUCUUUUGACAUAAAUAGGUAUGAGAACACCUGUCCGUCACCUUAGCGUAAUACUUAUAUCUACAGCUUUAUUUAAGGUUCAUUUAUACUUCCAUACAGGCCAAAAAAAGUAAUAAUGUUGAAAGCUGUGUCAUUAUUUUUAUGAUAUUGAUCAUGUAAAGUUUAUUUUUUUUUAUUUAUAUACAAGUGUAGACCAUGACUUGUAUGCUGAGUUUCCUGUAUAUAACCAAGGAUUGAACAAAUCCUAUGUACCAUGUUUCAGUCUAAUGUUGUAAGUGCCAUCUGCUGAGACAGUUAAUAGCCUUUAGUGCAUUUGAAUGUGUUGUAAAUUUAUAUUACCAUAUUUCAGUCUUACAUUGUGUCAUAACAGUUGCAUUUGAAUCACAUAUUACUAGCAUUUUACACCUACAGUUGUUUUGUUACCAAGUAUAGUAAUUACAAGGUAAAUUCGGUAACAGUUAUUGAUUUCUGAUUUCUGAAAUUUGAGUAGGAAAUAUUUCAUUUAUGUGAGUUUGAACCAUGUAAAAACUUAGCAUAAUAAGUUUUAAUUUGUAGAACUUUUGCAUGGCAUUUGUUUUUUAACAUUUUUCUCGACCGCCAAAAAAUUUCUAUUCAGGGACUCAUGUAUCACCUUUGUGAAAAUAAAUAUGCUUUUAAUUUGAUUAAGAUUUUAUAAUUAUUUGUUUAAUUGAUGUAAACAAAUAUAUAAAAGCAAAAAUGGUCAUUAUCUGUUUGUUAUAUUAAUCUCUCAGACCAUGGUCCAUUGUUAUCAAGAUUUGUCAGAAUUGGAAUAUUGCAAUACAGAAAAAAUUAUAUAAGUAUUUGUUUUAAAAAAUUUGAUUUUUCUUCAUUUUUUAUGUCCAGUAAUGAAAAUGAUACUGCAUGAAGAAUGAUAGAGUAAUGAAUAUCAGGAUCUUUGGUUCAGUAUUUCAAUGGUGUCAAAUUUGACAUCAUUACAACAUUUUGCUGGGGAUACUGUAAUUUUUUUUCAUUUUUUCAAUUACAAGGUACAAAGAAAAAUUAUCAUAUUUUGUUGGUAACAUUUACAAAAUCAAUAACUUGUUUUACUCUCACUUCACUUACAUCUGAAUACAAAAUCUGUGGUGUUAAACAGAAAGUACUGUCCUGUCAAGUGAAAGUGAUGUGUUUACUCUGUGGUAGAUAUAAUGGACACAUUGGUUACCUAUUUAAAUGUAAAUCAUUAGAGGUUCAUGAAGUUGAGAUAUCCAAUAUCUCUGUGACAUAAAUUGUUUGUUAAAGGAGAGAUUGGAAAUUUUUCAUUGUUUCCAUCUUUCACCUUGUUAAAGGAUAGAAUAAAAUCAAGGAAAGACAUUCUUAAGCCUUUGAAAAAUGAUGCAUUCCUUUUACCUCAAGUUUGUUGUAAAACCAUGAACACUUGAACCAUAGGAGAGAAAAAAAGAAUUGCUGUAUUUUGGUGUAUGGUUUGCUUUCACAUGUUUCAUCAGCCUAACACAACUUGAUAUAUGGGGUAACAUCCAGCCUUGCUGUGUUGUUAUAUCAAAAAGUAUUGGUAUAUUUGUAUUAAUAUGUGAAUGCAAUUAAAAUGUAUUUGUCAAAAAAUGAAAAUAAAAUCAAUUGUCUCAUUAUUGUUA